AUGCCACCUCCCAAAUUUCUGUGUACCAAGUGCGGCGUGGAGCGGGCAGCAGUGAAACGGCCGCGCAACGGGCAGCUAUUGUGUCGCGAGUGCUUCUUUGCUCUCUUCGAGGCUGAGAUUCACGACACCAUUCAAUCGGAGCGCCUGUUUGUCCCUGGCGAUGUGGUCGCUUGCGGAGCAAGUGGCGGCAAGGACAGCACCGUCCUAAUUCAUCUCCUCGACACGCUCAACAAGCAGCACAGGUACGGCAUUCAUAUUGAGCUCGUUAGUGUCGACGAGGGGAUUGUGGGCUACCGUGACGAUAGCCUUGAAACGGUAAAGCGCAACUCCGCGUGCUACGGCCUUCCGCUGCACAUCUUGUCAUACCGCAACAUAUUUGGCUGGACAAUGGACGACAUCGUGCGUGUCGUGGGUCUGCGCAACAACUGCACCUUCUGCGGUGUGUUUCGCCGUCAGGCCUUGGAAAAAGGAGCAGCGCUCGUGAAGGCAGACAAGAUCGCGACAGGCCACAACGCUGACGACAUGGCAGAGACCAUUCUUAUGAACGUCCUUCGCGCCGAUGCGCCGCGGCUGUCGCGCUGCACGAGUGCCGUAGCCGCUGGCGAGGGGAUUUUGCCACGAGUAAAGCCACUCAAGUACGCCUACGAGAAGGAGAUUGUGCUCUACGCGCACUUCAAGAAGUUGGACUACUUUACCACCGAGUGCACGUACGCUAAAGAGGCCUUUCGAGGCGCUGCCCGCACACUAAUGAAGGACUUGGAGGCUCUUCGUCCCCGCAGCAUUGCGGACACUGUCUACAGUGGAGAGCACUUGGAAGUGCAGGCGCUGGAAGCCGUGCCGGCAAGCCCGCCCAAGCCAUGUGAGAAGUGUAGUUACCGAACGAGUCAGCGUCUCUGUCGAGCGUGUGUGUUGUUGGAGUCGCUGGCGCGCGGCGACACCUCCGCGGCCCUGAGGCAAACAAUGAUUUGA